CCCAAGGCCUCCUCCAUGGCACUACCAAGGCCUGACAUGGAGGCCUUUAGCUGCUCCACCCUCCUCUCUCUCCUUUUCCUCUUCCUCCUUUCUCCUUCUCUUCUCACCCUCUCUGAUGCCCAAGCUACUUCCAUUCCCCGUCGUGAACUUCUCACAUUUCACAAAACCUUUGUUGACCUCCUCAAUAACCUUGAGUUUGACAUCUCUAUCGAUGUCGAUAUUCGCAACCCUCGAUUAAAGCAAGCCUACAAUGCUCUCCAGGCUUGGAAGAAAGCUAUUUUCUCUGACCCCACUAACUUCACCGGAAAUUGGGUUGGCCAUGAUGUUUGCUCCUACAAUGGCAUUGUUUGCGCUCCUUCUCUCGAUGAUCCUUCAGUCCUUGUUGUUGCUAGUGUCGACUUCAAUGGUGCCGACCUUGCUGGAUAUAUUCCUAUCGAGAUUGGUCUCCUUAAUGACACUGCCAUCCUCCACAUCAACUCCAAUCGGUUUUGCGGUGUCCUCCCCUCUAGCCUUUCAAGUCUCACCCUCCUCCAUGAGCUUGAUGUAAGCAACAAUUGGCUUGUCGGCCAAUUUCCUUCAGUGGUCCUUGACUUGCCUGCUCUCAAAUACCUUGACCUUCGAUUCAACAACUUUGAGGGGUCGCUACCACCCAAGCUCUUCGACAAGGACCUCGAUGCCUUAUUCUUGAACAACAACCUGUUUGAUUCUAACAUACCAGAAAACUUGGGCAAUUCUACGGUCUCCGUUUUAGUUUUGGCUAACAACAAGUUUGAAGGUUUCAUUCCGAAGACCAUUGGAAAGAUGAAGUCCACCUUAAAUGAGAUCAUCCUAUCCAAUAAUGGUUUAAUAGGAUCCCUUCCAGCUGAAAUUGGAUCAUUGAGUGAAGUCACAGUACUUGAUGCUAGCUUCAACUCUUUCUCAGGAGUCCUGCCAGAAACUUUUGCAGGUUUAAAGAAGCUUGAAUCACUAAAUAUUGCACAUAAUAUGCUAAGUGGCAUCGUGCCAGAUAGUGUAUGUGGAAUAAAGAGCCUUGGCAACUUCAAAUUAUCAGAUAACUACUUCAAAGGGGCAGCCUCGAAGUGUACAUCAAGAUCAGAUUUGGUAUUUGAUGACAAGGGCAAUUGUUUUCUGAAGUGGCGGCAACAGAAAUCAAGAAAGGCUUGUGCACCGGUGCUGGCCCAACCAAUCAUAUGUCAUCAUCUAGAUGGGACCGAGUGUGGUAUAUCGGCCCUAGCCCCUGCUAGCCCUAAGCCACUAACUCGAUCACCAUCUCCACCAUCUCCCAUGUAUUCGCAAGUACCACCAGUUCAAUCUCCACCACCUCAUUCGGUUUAUUUACCACCAAAGCCACUAGUACAAUCUCCACCUCUAUCAAUUUAUUCACCACCCCCUCCAAUCUACUCUCCACCACCUCCACUAGUCUAUUCACUUUUACCUCCAGUUUACUCUUCACCACCUCCACUAGUCUAUUCACCACUACCUCCAAUUUAUUCUCCACCAUCUUUGAUUAGUUUUCUACCACCUCCCCACUCAUCGCCAUCACCCAUCUUCUCUCCCCCUCCUCCUGUCCACUUACCUCCUCCGCCUAAUAUAAUUAUCUCUUCCCCAUAUCUAUAUAAUAUCUUGCCACCAGUUGGAGGGCUCAAUUAUGCAUCGCCUCCUUCACCCCAAUAUCCAGGUUAUAACUAAGUUGCACUCUUGUUCAAAUUUUUUAGGUGGAAAAGAAUCCACCUCUGUUCAUGCACCCCAAGAGCUUCCAUAUACUACCGUGGGGAAUAUGAGAUAAAGAGAGAGUGUCAUUGGUGACAACAUGUACUUCCAAGACAUCUCAUUUUUCUUUUAGUGGUACUUUUCAUUUCCAUGAGCCUUUUUUCCUUUGGGGUUGCAAUUUGCACAUGUGAAUGAAAUCUUCAAAUACAGAA